GCUGUGUGAUAAAUCGUGUUGCCUGCAGAUGCUGAGCCGUGUCGGUUUCCAGCUGUAGUGGACGGAUGAGGGUUUUCAGACGCAACAUUUGCACGUUUAAGCUUGUGCACCCUGAAUCAGCUUCUCAGCCCGGUGCUUUAUGAACCCCCAUGACGCACAGCCCUGCUUUCCUUCGAGCCUAUUCGGGGACUGCUUUCUUUUAAACUUCGCCUAAGUUCUGUCCUUCUCCAAAAUCUUGUCUAAUCUUGUUCCUCCUCUGCUAGUUAGUAACCUAACUUCGUCGUGGACAGGAUGGCCCGCACUAUGGAACCACUGGCAAAGAAGAUCUUUAAAGGAGUUUUAGUAGUUGAACUUGUGGGCGUUUUUGGAGCAUAUUUUUUGUUUAACAAGAUGAACACAAGUCAAGAUUUCAGGCAAACAAUGAGCAAAAAAUUCCCCUUCAUCUUGGAAGUUUAUUACAAAUCCAUUGAACAGUCUGGAAUGUAUGGAGUCAGAGAGCAAGAUCAAGAAAAAUGGCUGAAUAGCAAAAAUUAAGACCAGUCAUCACGUUCAGCCUCCCAUCUAAGCUGUUUGAGACCUUUGUGGGGAAGAAGAAAGAUGAACACACCAUGUUGUAGACUCCUGGCCCCACAGAACAAAACAGGAACUUCUGGUCUGCUAUGGCUUAGUCAUUUCCCAUCCACUAUGCAAAUCCCCUGCUCUUGUUUGUUGCUUUCCUUCUGCAUUUAUUGUUAAAGAUUACUGUUUAACAAAUAAAAGACUAGGUCAACAAAGGAACAAAUACCCUAAAGAUUUUAUUUCCCCUGAACGCUUUGAUUGGCAAAAGAACAGAAGCCAGUAACAAUAUCAGAAAUUAUGUCUAUAAAGUACUUAUAAAGCUACUAAGCAUACUCACAAUAUAUAAAAACUGCCUCUCUAAAAGAAUUAAAGUUUAAAGUAACUACAGUCUUUAUUAAAAAAUGUUUUUUAUAUUUAUUUUGAGAGAGAGAGGGAGACAGAGUACACAAGUGGGGGAGGGGCAGAGAGAAGGAGAGACAGAAUCCCAAGCAGGCUCCGCAGGAUCCACAAACCAUGGGAUCAUGACCACAAAUCAUGGGAUCAUGACCUGAGCCGAAAUGAAGAGUUGGAUGCCUAACUGACUGCAUCACCCAGGGGCCCCAAACGUAACUACAGUCUUUAUUGCUGUAGUCUAAAUGCUUUUUAAUCCUACAUGCUCCCCAGACACUGAUGAAAAAAGCCAUUCCUUCAGGGUUGUAAGGAACCAUUUUAUUUAUCCUUACUAAAAAAGGUUGUCUAAGAAUACGUCUUCGGCAAGUUGUAAGUUAAGGCUGUUUAAAAACCUCCAUAAAAAUUCAAGUUACUUACUUGCAUUGUCUUUGUUAGCCAUGGCAUUCAUGCCAAUGUUAUCAAACUUGGAUCCCAUAUUUUCAUCCAGUAGGUGGCCAAACUUAAAAAGAGAUACAUUUAUUAGAAAACUCAAAGCAGUGUAGAAUAGCUAGCUUUUUUUUUUUUAAUUUUAUUUUUUAAUCUCUCCACCCAACGUGGGGCUUGAACUCACAACCCUUAGAUCAAGAGUCCUGUACUCUACCGACUGAGCCAGCUAGUUACCCCCAGAGUAGCUAACAUCAUGAAGCAGUAUUUUAACCUUACCUCUUCAGCUGAUACAAAUAGGCUGGAGUCAUUGAAAUUUCCUUUCUUUUUUUUCCUUGGUCCUAAAAAAAGUAUAAGUGUAGGUUAUUAAAUUGUAAAUCCAUUAAUUUUGGAAAAAUACAACAUUUUUAAAUUGAAGUAUAGUGGGCACACGUUACAUUAAUUUCAAGUGUACGACACAGUGAUUCAACAAUCUUUCAACAUAGUUUUGUUGUAAAAAAGUUGUAUUGGGGUUAAAAUACAGAAUUACAGUUUCCUCAUAGCACCAUUAAGUAGCUGGCAUUUUAAAAUAAAUAUAUUUUAUUUAAGAGUUGGUAUAUAGUACUUUUAAAAUUGUAUCCUAAUAAAAUUGUUUAGAUGACAAA